AUGAAGAUCUCACAGUGGGUAUCGCUCGUGAGGGAUACUGCGCAGGCGCAGGAGCUCCCGAAGGAGGAUGCAGAGCGCGACAUCACCCACUCGCUCCUGGUCCUCCUCGCCAACAGCCCUUUUCCACCUCCAUUGCUCGCUCAGUACAUACAGACAGCCCUAGGAAGUGCAGCCCUAGCGCGACCAGGCUAUGUCGCGAGCAUUAUCGCCUCACGAGUACCCGCUCUCGCCCUUCCUGCCGCCGAAGUCGCCUUCUCCGCCAUCAACCAGGCCCUCGCUUCUGCGCCUUCACAGCCUUCUUACCCCUCCGACACGCCGGCAGAGACCGCUCAAGCCGUCGAGCUCGUCCUGAAUUCCCUUCUUCCCCUCGUCCUCUCUUCCCCCACUUCAGCCCUCGAAACGAUUCGCUACCUCUCCUACUUCCUCUCGCAUCUUCCUCACCGCCUUACGAAGGAUACAGUUGAUGCAGAGCAGCUCGAGAUAUGCGCGAAGACGGUACGGACCGCGGUCGAGGCGGUUUCGAAAGUUGGGCCGAAGGACGCGCCGGUGCUGGCAAAGCUCCGGCACGAACUGGAGGCGCUCGAGAGGAAAUUGAAGCCGAGAGGGCGGCGGAGGGUCCCGUCGAAGGUUGAUUUGGACGAGGCGGAUGAGCUGGAGGCUUUGGGGACUCCGUACGGAGACGUCGCUUUACUCGUCUCGCGCAUGCUUUCGAACCCUUUGAUUCCCACUCAGCAACUCCAUUCUUCCCUCCUCGCCUUGAUCCGCUAUCGAACCGCCCAGUCGACCUUUCGCAAGUCGACGCCGGAGAAGGCACUCGUGCACCUGCUGGCAGAAGUGCUCGGCGGCCUGAUACAGACGUUGCAGGAUGCGAAGCGGGCAGAUGUGGUUCUGGAGAGCUUGCUGUUCGCCAAGGUCCCACACGUGCUCAAGAGCUUAUCGACCGUGGACGGGCUGGACAAGCUAUCCGAGGCGUUGGCGGACGCUCUCCGCCUGGUGCAGGGGCGGCUAGCGAAGGCUAUUAGCGAGGGCCGAAGGGACAUGGACAGCGUCUUCAGCCACUUUGUCGCCGCAUGCUGCCAGUCCGAUCUCCUCCUCCCCGACAUCGGCGCCAGUCUCGCUCGCGACGUGGACGUGAGCGAGCUGCAGCCUACUAUGAUCGAGGACUACCACCACCGACUUGCGACCGGAUCUAUCGACGACUUCAAGCAGGUACUUGACGAUGCCGUGCACUCCUAUGCCGCGCAGCACGCCAUCGCUUCGGCCAUCACCUCGCUCUUUGCGGCGAAGGCGCAAUCAGCGGAUCUCGCAGGUCUCGCGGAUCUGUGCGAUACGCUCGCCGAGAACAAGGAUGCCAUGUCGGUCGUCUUCCUGCAUGUGGAGCCGCGUGAGCUAUUGCGACCAGUCCGACAAGUGCUAGACUCGUUCGACACGACGCAGGAGAACUCGGACGACGUCAACCCUAUCGAGCGGUACGGAAGUCUCGUCCUGUUUGUCCAGCUCGUAGUCAGCCGCUUCAAGCUGCUCGACAACCUCGCAUACCAUCUCGACUCGUCUUCGAGCUUUAUCGCGACGUGGCUGCCUUGCGCCUCGGCCGUGUACGCCACCUCGACGAUGAUGGACGACGAGCGGAAUGCUGUGAGCGGAUGGAUCGGCGCAUUGUUUGGCGAGGGCAUCUCCGACGACCUCAUGCACGCAACGAACCCUCGAACCCUGCUUCGGGUCGCCCCGACGAUUCUCAAGCAGUCGCUCAAGGCCCGACAAGCCGGCAUCGUCGACAUGGAUAGCCUGCGAGAUGCGCUCUCGUACUUUCUGCAGGAACUGCUGCGCUUCACUUUGCCGGGCGUCUUGAAGUGGUUGAUUACCGAGAUUGAGCGAACGCCUCCCUCGCCUCAGCAGAAUUCGAUGCUGGACCUUCUGCAGGUCCUCGUCUUUUCCGACGCUCUUCCCUCAGCCGUUCUCGAGCUGGUCGCCCUCGACCUCGCCCGCCUCCUCCUCAGCCCCACCUUUGCCUCGAACGUUUCUCCAGCCGUCGACAUCGCACGACUACGCAAGACCAUCGCGCCUUACCGACCGCCGCCGCCUGCGAUUCAGGCGACCAUCGUCGACGAGCACGCGGCCUUUGAAGCUGCGAGCAAGCCUUUUCUAAGCGGGGCUCAGGCUAUCGAAGGCGAAGAACUGGUCGUGGUCGCGAUCCCUUCCCUCUACGAUUCCCUCCGACUCUCCUUGCGCACCGCCAAAACGCCUUCAAUUUUCUUCUCCCGCACCUUCCUCCCACAAAUCUUCUUUCGACCCCAAGCGAACGGCGAGCACGUUACUCCGGGAGCCUAUAGUCGUCGCGAACGCUACGCCGCGGCAGUUCUCGCCGCGCCCGACUCGAACAAUCGACCGCUAGUGGUCAACAUCGUCUGGGCCCUCACGCCGCAGGAUUUGGCCGAAUGGGACCGGCGGUUGCUGCCUGCAGGAACAACGGACGGACUCGUCGGUGGCGAGGCCGAGCGGAUGCAGGUCGAGUUGCUGGGCGACGCGAUCGCGGGCGCAGUCGUGCUCGUCAAGGGCGAAGCAGAGGCGUCUGCGACCCCUUCCUCAGCACAACACUUGAGUGCGACGCUGGACGAGCUGGCAAGACGUGUCGAGGAAGUCCGACGUAGCCGCAAGUCGAGCACCGCGGAUGUGCAGGACGAGGAGAAGACGACCGCGCUGGACGCCUUCCUAGACCGCCUGCUCAGCUGGCCAGCUGUCGUAGAACACUCUCCUAGGUUAUCAGCUCUCGCGGCGGAAUAG